CACAAAUGGAACGCCUGAUCGAAAAGGCUAUAAGUAUACUUUGCUUGGAAUGAGUCGGCAGAACGCUGGUUAACCCACGUGGAGCGUCUGAAACGUGCUAGUUCAUAUGAACUGAAGUUACGACGAGAUGUUUAUUCCUAGGGAGAAUAAUGUUGAUGGAAACUGGGAAGAAUUUACCUUAAUAUUGCCAGCGGUUUCAAUAGGAAAUGUGGGCCAGUUAGCAGUGGAUCUGGUAGUUUCUACUGUUUGUCCAGAUGGUUCCCCCAUUGGAUAUCUGUAUGAUUCGUGUGUCUUGCCUGUAGUGGGGAAUGAUGCCUUUACUUUGUCAACAGAAGCUCCUGGAAAACUAAAUGUCAGUGUUGAAGUGUACAAAAAUGAUGAUCUGAAGUUUAUUGUAGUUCAACAGAGAGCUCCACUAGUUAAGGGUCAUCAGACUGAGUACUGCAAGAAACUUGUUACAUGGAUUAAAAGUUGCAACUUCAAACAAGUCAUUCUUGUUUCCAGUAUUAGUGCUACAGAAAGAGUUGAUGCACAGAUUGAAGGUUCUCCAUUGAGAUACCUUGUAACACCUGCAGUGAAAAACCUCCUUCCAGUAUUUGAUGAAUUGUCAUGGAAGUCAUUGGAAAAGAGACCAAAGUUUCCUCAUGUUAACACCGAAGAAUCAUCAGAUGAAGACAAAACUUUCUUUUUCCCUGGAGGAGGAUUCACAAAGAAGCUUUAUGAGGCUUGUUGCAGAGAUGACAUCCCUCUGACUGUGGUAUUAACAUUUUGUUCAGAAGGGGAUAAUAUAUCAGAUGCAGUAAAUCUCUUUCUUUAUCUUAAUGCCUGGCUCAAGAUGGUUCCCAAAGAAAAGGUUGAAGACAGGAUUCUAGGAAAACCAAGUGACUUCAAUUUUCCAGCAUCCUGGCGCUUGAUGUUUGGUUCACCAGUCCAUCCAGAUGGAAAUCUAUUUUGAAGAGUUGCACUUUAAACAAUCUCAAUAAAUAUGUUGAUUUAAAACUCCAACUACCAACACUGGAUGGCCAGUUGUGAAGAAAACAGCAAUGCAGGAAAAAGUCGCCGAGCAAAUAUACCACUGACAGUUUUUAAAGUGAAAAGCAUUCACAAGCAAUACAAAAACAAUGACUGAUAGUAGUGCCAUGAAAACAGAGUCGUGUAAAAAGCUUGGCAUGGAUUUAGUUUUCCUGAGCAUUUUACUUAGGGUUUAAUUCCUUAAUAAGUACCAUUUAAAAAAAAAUAAUCAUGUUUGACCAAAACUGA